AUGGAAUGUGAUUUUGAAGAUAAGUAUCUAAGGAUCCGAGAGGAAAAUUUGCUGCUGAAAAAACAGGCAAAUGAGGCAAACAACAACAUUAAAUUAUUGACUACUCGAUUAAAUCGAUUACUUGAGAUGAAAAAGCGAGCUUUGGUCAAUGAGAAAAACAAGAAACUGGUCAGCUUGGAGGAAAUGUUAUUCAAUUUACAGUUGAAAAUGGGUCAACUUGAAAGUGAAAACAGGAAGCUUCGACAGCGAAGUUUAGUACUGCAGACUAAAUUGGAUGCUGUUCGUCGUCGCCAGUACAGAUCAAUGUACUCGAGUGUCCCAUCAAGAACUGAUAGUGGUCUAGAAUGGAUCGAUUCAUCAUCCAACCAUAAUUUCAACUCUAAACCAUCGUCAGCUCGUUUAACUGUACAUCAUCGAUCUUCUUCAACCAUUUCAUUGAAUCGAGUGACAUUUAAUUCAACUCCAUCAGAUCUUGUACAUCGAAAUCCAAGUGAUGUUAAAUUUGAUUCUGUCCAUUCAAUUAAACCAAUGGAUGGCCAAGCAAGACCUUUUUCCACUUCGAAAAUAGGACAUCAACGAACAGCUUCGGGAAAUCUUUUACAUAGGAUUAGUGUAAAUGAAGGAGACGUCAAAGCUCGCGGCAGAAACAACUUUGUUCAGCAAUUGUUAAAAGAAACACAGGAUGAAAUUGGACGCCUUCAAGAGAUAAUUGUUUUGCAGCAACAUUACAUUGAUAGCAUACAAUCUGAAGUAAAUCGGGCUAAUAGUGAAGAGGACGUUAGCGAGCUAGUUAAGUCUUCACAAGAAGAUGGAACAACUGAGCCUCGAAGACAAACGAUCGGAGAAACGACCCUAUUGACUGUUGAAAAUUCAACAUCACACUCAUUGAAUGCUGAUUCUAUUGAUGCAAAUUUCAAUAAAACUCAAAAGAGUUUACAGGUUUUUAGGAGUGGAUUGGAUUUGGACAAAAUUUUAACCACUAAAGGCAUUCCCAAUGAGAUUGUUGUUCACAUAGAAAAGUUGACGUCCGAGUUGAUUGAAUCACAAAAUGUCAUCAAAAGCUUGAGAUCCCAGUUGAUCAGAGAUAAUUUGGCAACAGUUAAAAUUGUCGAGAUUAAGCAAAAACUGGAUCAUUUGACUCAAGAAAAUGAGAUCCUUGAAAAGUCUUUGCGAAACUGUAUUGGAACUUGUAUUUCUGGCCUGGAAAAGGAUUGCCUUGAUGAUGGUGACAAUGGGAAUGGGAAAACUCAAGACUCGAAUCAAUAUGCUGAUAUGAGAAUCAAAAAUCUUCAGGAAAAAAUUAGCCAAUUGAUUUCUGAGAAUGCUGAACAAGCUCAAUCCCUGAAAGAAAAGACUCAGUUAGUAAAUUUACUCCAAGAAAAAUACAGCAAUUUAAAGGAAGCUUACGAUCUAAUGAUUUCUUCCAGUAGAUCAUCUUUAAACAGAUCCGGUUCGACUCAAUCACUUGCUUCAACCUCUCCUAGAAGCACGAAAACUGAAUCACGUUUGAAUACACAUUUUACUUAUACCGGUGCUAAUAUCGGCGAUCAAAUGGAUAACAGCGAUGAAGGCAAGUUAUCUAAUGAUAAAGUGCAAUUGAAAGGAACUGAGAAAGACACAAUUCUUGACUCUCUAGGCCACGUUCGUGAAAUGGUUGAAAGUGUUCAAAGUGAACUGGAGAAUGGCUUGAAAUUGAAUAAUUUCCCAGAUAAUUGA